UGGUGCCCAAGGGUGGCCUGACCAAUCGGAGCAGUGUCAUCGAGCGAGCGCGUGGUUUAAACUGCUUUCACUUUGUUUGACUAAACUGCACCGUGAAUGCAGAGAAACAACAGCAGAGCACGUUUAUGUAUCAAAAUCUGCAUUUAUUAUUAUUAUUAUUUAAGAGUAGUGAAAAUGAAGCUUCUCUUUAUUUCGAUCUUGUUGCUUUUGUGUCUACGUAUGAAUGGUGUGUCUGGUGUUGGAUCAAUUGAAGUGUCUGUGAAUGAGGGAGAUUCAGUCACUCUGCACACUGAUUUUAAAAACAACCAACAGGAUGAUAUUAAAUGGUAUUUUAAUAACAUUCGCAUCGCUCAAAUCAUUGGAGAUCUCAGUGAGAGCUGUACAGAUGUUCAGUGUAAUGAAGGUACUGAGAGAUUCAGAGGCAGACUGAAGCUGGAUCAUCAGACUGGAUCUCUGACCAUCACAAACAUCACAGACACAGACUCUGGAGAAUAUAAACUACAGAUCAUCAGCAGCACCAUCAGAGAAAAGAUCUUCAAUGUUGCUGUUUGUGGUGUUUCUUCUGCUGAACGAGAUGAAGUGAAGACAGUGAAGGAGGGAGAAUCUGUUACUUUUGAUCCUGGUGUAAUAAACAACCCAUUUGAUUUGACGUGGUGUUUUAAUGAGAUUCUCAUUGCUGAAAUCGCUGGAGAUCAGAGUCAGAUCUGUACAGAUGUUCAGUGUGAUGAGAGAUUCAGAGACAGACUGAAGCUGGACAAUCAGACUGGAUCUCUGACCAUCAUGAACACCAGAACCACAGACUCUGGAGAAUAUCAGGUACUGAUCACCAGCAGCAGCAUUCCCCAUCACCACCUCAGCAUCAGCAGCAUCAGGAGAUUCAGUGUUACUGUAACUGUUUCAGAUCUGUCUUCAGGUGCUGUAGCAGGAAUAGUUGUUGCUGUUCUGCUGCUGGCUGCAUCUGCUGCUGCUGCUGGUGUGAUUUACCGUCGCCGCAGAAUCCAUACAGCAGUUCAACAGACUGAAAAUGAUUGAUGUUAGAGGGACGUUUUUUUAUAAGAUCUGAAGACUGCGACCCGCACCCCCAUGGUCACCCAGUUUCAUUGUGUCUGGAGAACUUCCAACAUAACAACGAGGACAUGAAAGGUUCAGUAUAUUAUUUGCUCUAAAUAAAUGGUUCAUGUCAUGGUGUAAUGAACAGAAACUGCUCUUUGUAAAUAAUUGGAAUCUCUUUUCAGGCCCUUCUGUGCUGAUGACCUGCAGCAGAAUCGGAGAGGAUCUUCUGUUGGACAACAUCUCCAUAUGAUAGUAAGUCAAUGAUAGUAAGUCAUAUGAUAGUAAGUCAAUGAUAGUCAGUCUACCCACUUUAAGGGUUAUUUCACCUAAAAAUAAAAUUUCAGUCAUUACCCAGCUAACAGAAUUUUGUUAUAAAAAUGUUCUCUAAAUAUUCAGUGUUGGUUCCAGAGGUGUAUAGUCCAGGGGUCAGAAAGUAGAAGUC